GAUUGUGUUGUGUGUGUGAGAGCAGAUCUCCGGCAACCUGCGGCUUCUUUGGAGACCAUGGCUUUGACAACAAGAUCAGCAGCAUGCAGACAAUCUUUCUGGGAUUUGGACCAAGUUUCAAUUUCAAGACAGAAGUGCCUGUUUUUGAGAACAUCGAGCUGUAUAACGUCAUGUGUGAUCUGCUGGGUUUGACUCCGGCUCCUAAUAACGGGACUCACGGCAGUCUGAACAGUGUGUUGAGGAGCCCCCCCUACACCCCCACACGGCCAGAGGAAGUGACAUCACCCACGCCUGUAGCCCCGCCCACUGAGGUGACCCAUGACCUGGGCUGUAACUGUGACGACGAGAACAACAUUGAAGAAAGUUCCCAGAGGUUUCCUUCUGCUGCUGAUGGACUGUUGAACAACGUCACACACCUGCCGUUCGGCCGUCCAGCUGUUCUCUUCCAGACGUCGUACACACAGCUGUGUCACUCAGAUUACUGCAGCGGAUACAGUCUCGUCCUCAACAUUCCCCUGUGGAGCACCUUCACACUCACAGCACAGGUGGAGGCUCCGGCCGUGUCGUCCAGCAAGUGUGUGAGAGCAGACGCUCGUCUCGGUCACACACACACAUGUAACUCGUACAGCCAGGUGCCAGACAUCACACACGCUUUCCUCUUCCCACCGGAUUUCUCUGCUUCGGCUGAAUCCAGAUAUGAGGCUUCACUCAUCACAAACACCGUCCCCAUGUACCCCGCCUUCAAGAGGGUGUGGGGUUUCCUGCAGAGGGAUGUCCUCAGGAGAUACAGUCUGGAGAAUAAUGUCAUAAAUGUGAUGAUGGGACCCAUAUUUGACCACGACCACGACGGACUGAGAGACACAGAGGAGAAGAUCAAAGAACACACACUGGGCUCCGUCUUCAUCCCCACACACUUCUACAGCAUCAUCAGCAGCUGUGAGAAACUCAACGAGACGCUGGACGAGUGUGACGGAGAUCUGAGAGUCACCUGCUUCAUCCUGCCACACAGAGACGACAACAGAGAGAGCUGCAACAGUUUGGAGGACGAGUCUCGCUGGGUGGAGGAUCUGCUGAAGUUACACACAGCUCGAGUGAGAGACGUGGAGCUGCUCACGGGCCUGGACUUCUACCGCUCCGCCGCGCUGCUGUACACGCGUGUGCUGGCGCUCAAAACACACAUGCAGACCUUCGAGGACGACAUGUAACCAGACGUGUAACACACCGCAGCCCACGCUUCCACUGUAUAGUUUUAUACACUGUGCCAUAUUUAUUAUUCACCUUCAAGCUAACAAUUAAACCGUCUCACAACCACAGUCCCACUUCCAGCUCCUUACAUCUGUAAACGUGUUCACAACAUGAUGCGGUCACCGCAAUUACCAGACUCCAUCUGAGAAAUGUGCUCACAUCCUUAAAAGAACUCGUAAACUGUUUUAUGUGUACCCUCAAACUUGUGCAGCAUCAUGUCUGUUGUUAAUGUCAUAAUGCACGACUAAACAUUCAAUAGUUUAAUAUGCAUCACCGUAAUAGAGCCAAAUAAACAAUACAUUAGGUAAUAAUGCAUUUGCGUAACAAUAUGCAACAAUGCAUUAAUUAAUAUUAAUGAACUACAUUAAAUAAUAUAAAGUAACACUGAAAAAUACUUCAAAAGCAUACUGCGAAAAAAACCACCUUCCUGCAUAUUUUUUGGAUUUGUUUUCCAAUACAGAUAUCUAAACAUUUAUAAAAUAAGAAAUAAGUCUUAAACUCAAAUUCUUAAGAAAAAUAAUGUACUUUUAAGAUUAAAAAAAUUGAUAAUUUAAAUUAUGUGAUUUCUAAAAAAUAAAUAAUAAUAAAUAAACCUGGGACUUAAUAUAUUAAUAUAUAGUACAUUAAUUUUUGUUUAGGUAUAUGACCUGGGAAACUAGAGAGAAAUACAGAGGAAGAACGUCUUUUUUGCACUGCAGUUAUUAAUAACUUUGACAUUUCUGAAUGCAUUAUAAAAAUCAGAAGUUGUAUCUGUUAAUAUUGUUUAAUGGAUCUGAGCUAUAAACUAACAAAGAACAGUUGUAUUUUUAUUUACUUACAUAAAGAUUAAGAAACAAUAUUGCUGAUUGUUUGUUAGUUAAUAUUUGUUAAUGCAUGCAGUCAUCCACUUACAGGAGUUUAUUGUGAGACAUUGGUGUCUUUGGGUGCAUUUGUUUUAUCUAGCCUGUUGAUUACUCAGAUAGUCUUUCAACAGAGAGACAUAAUGGCAAGAAUGUGAUCGUUCCAGGUUGUCAUUUAGUAGUUGCCAUAAUUAUGACGUGGGUGAACGCAGUGUAAACACUGAGUGUGUGUGUGUGUGUGUGUGUGUGUUUAGUAGUUGUCAAGCUGGCUUCUUUGUUCAAUCUGGAUUUUUUUAGCAUGUAUAAAAGUAUGAGCAAACACGUGUGAAAGGUGAAUUUGUGCAUGUUCAGUGAUACUGAAUCUUCUUCCUGUUGGCAGCAGACGGUCAUGUGACUCAUGAUCUGAGCCAGUGAUGCUCUGUCUUACUAAUGAGUGCCGUUAAUUAUUGUGUUCCAUCAAUAAAUGGUCUAACUGUCUAUAAAA